AUGUGCGAUAAUUUGGAUAAUUAUCCCAAAAGUGAUACCAUUUAUGAGAAAUUUCUUCAACGGUUAAAGAGCGAAAAUGGUUUAAUUAAAUGCAAGAAAUGUUUAGUAAAUAAUGGAUUUGUUUUACUGCAACGAAAGGACGUGUUUUGCGGGGACUGUCUGUCCGACUACUGUUCCCAUAAGUUUAGGGCAACUAUUGGCAAAUCAAGGGCCAUUCACACCGGAGAACGAGUGCUCAUUGCCUUCUCCGGUGGUAUCAACUCGUCGGCGAUGGUCCACAUGAUUAUGGAAGGCCUCCAAGAGGUGCAGCACAAGAAGUUGCGAUUUGUUCCCUCUAUCAUCCAUAUCGAUGAAAGUAUUUUGAGUGAUGAAUCAAAUGAUCAAAACGAGUCCGUAAUCAAAGAGAUAACAGAUAUGAUGUCAGACACUAAAUGGCAGUGUUUUGAGACAUCAAUAGAGAUGUCUUAUCGACAAAAUGACACCAAUUUUUACGCCAAUUUUAAUGAUAAAUCAGUUGACAGUGAGACCCGCAAUGAAUGCCAGAAAACAUUUAUGGAUUCGUUUUCGAGUAUUCAGUCUUUGACUUCAAAACAGGAGUUCCUGAAGAGAAUGCGGAAUCCCAGAGAUAGUGAGUCUCAUCUCACGGACGAUAAGAAUUUGUGCUAUAGUUGUAGUCUUAUAGCCAAUGAAAUGACUUCAGUUGAGAAUAAGUUUCCAAAACAUUUGGUUAAAAGAGGUAUAAAAGAAGACGUGAAGAGCUUUCUUAUAGAUCAUAAUGAAGACGACUCCGGAUGA